UCAGAAAAUUAGAAAAUAUUUUGGAGCGUCGCUGCACCAGGGUAACUGCUCUGCUUCUUGAAAGAGAAUUUGCAGUAUUAAGCUUGAUUUGGGAAUGAAUUGUAAGCAAUGAAUAGAUUACCUAUAUAUUGACAUUUGAUAAUUCGUCUUAGCUGCUUGUCCGGGUGUUAUAAACAAGAUCAACAGCCAGUGAGAUGGAGAAUUUCGUCCUUUACGAUGAGAUUAGACAGACUGAAACCUCAACGAUGUACAAGGGGAGGAGGAAAGGGUCAGUGAACUUUGUGGCCAUCCACUGUGUUGAUAAAGCAAGGAGGUCAGAGGUUACAAACCGGGUCAGGUUGACCCAUGAACUAAGCCAUUCCAAUAUAGUGGAGUUCUAUGAAUGGUAUGAAACAACCAACCACCUGUGGCUCAUAGUGGAGCUCUGUACAGGUGGCAGCCUUGAACUUAUUUUAUCACAAGAUGGCCACUUUCCAGAAACAGCAGUUCGUGGGUUCGGACUGGACUUGGUGAGAGGGCUGCAUCACAUACAUUCUGUUGGAAUGCUCUUCUCAGAUUUCAAACCAAGCAAGAUAUUAGUGGAUAGUUCUGGAUCAUUGAAGUAUGAUGACUUCAGCCUGGCUCGCCUGGAAGAGGAGAACCUGGAUGACAUAUUUGAUAUGACAUCAGCAGAGGGCACCUCUCAUCAAACUAAGCAGGGUGAUGAAGGAACAGCUACAAGUACUUUAGGUUGCCCAAAUUAUCUUGCCCCUGAGGUUUUACAAGGACAGCCUCAUAGCAUUGCAACCGAUCUGUGGUCAUUAGGCUGUCUCCUAUAUGAGAUGUACACAGGCAACCCUCCUUUCCAGGCAGAUGAGUUUCCCAAACUAGUGGAACAGAUUCUCACCAAAGAUUAUCCUACACCCAAAGUUAAAGGACCAAGACUGGCAACUAAACCAACUCCGGAUUUCUGCAGUCUUAUUAAGGUGCUGUUGACAAAAGACCCUGCCAGAAGGGCAACAUGGCAUGAAUUAGUCGUCCAUCCAUUCUGGCAGGGUCAGCUACAAGUUGAUGAUGGCACCAAGAAAUCUCUGGGGACUACAGCUGAUGAUAUGGACAAGAGUCGUACUAGCUUCAAUGCCCGUACCCCUCAUGAAAUGAAGAAUGUAACACUUGUGACGCUAUCGACAGAGGGCAGACCGGUUUCAUCGUUGAAGAUUCCAGACAACUUGAUGAAAGCUUCACUCCAUUCCAAUAGACCAGAGUCUAGACCUCAGAGCUCCCCAGACACAGCCAAGAAGGACCCACACUUCCUAUUAAGCUCAAGACCAAGGACAUCCCCAGCUGUACCUCCAGAAGAGCCUCCAGAGGAACCACCUCCUACCAAGAAGAAGACCGGCAAGAGGAGGAAGAGUGAUGGUGCAAUCAAGAGUAGGAGCCGGUAUCGACAGGAGAGGAAGAUCUCUCACGAGGACAGUCUUGAUGUAGACGUCAACAUCUUCACGCAGUGGGAUCUCUCUGUCUCACCCAUCAUUGAUAACCCCAAGAUUCAGAAGCCAGCGUCUCUGAAGUACGACACUCGCAGCCUGGGCAUUCCUGUUCACAGCAACGACAAGCUCGUGAAGAUGACUGACACUGCUCUCCAGAUCUACCUGGGCAACCUCACAGAGGCUUUAGCCAGCAAGAGCGGUGAUAAGUCAGCAGGAACCCAGAGGACGAAGCUUCAGCUACUCAACUACGUGGGCACUAUCUGUGGGAACGGAGCCGUGGCUAAGGCUGUUGCUGUCUCGAAAUUGAUUCCCUGUAUGAUAAACCUUCUGAAGACAUCACAGCCUCUGGAAAUACGAUGCAGAAGUGGCAGGAUGUUGGGUCUGUUAGCUCAAAAUCUUGAUGAAUUGCCUGAAGAUCUCCCUCUAACAGAGGUCGUCACAGCACUAACAGAAGUUCUACGAGAUAACAAUCGUAACUCCAAGUUGAAGCAGAGUAUGGUUCCAGCCAUCGGUGAGCUCUUGUUCCUCGCAGCUACCCAUGAUCAAGACGAGGCUUCAAACCCUUCUACCAUACCUGCCUUGGUCUAUACCAUGAUCUCUAGGUGUCUCAGGGAAGGGGAGGAUGCCAUUGUGCAACACUUUGCAGCCAAGGUGGUAGAGAAUGUGGCAGCAACAAACAGUGUUCAUGGUGAGAAGCUAUCCACCAAUGAGAUAGGACAUCUUCUCUGGCAACUCUUCACACACUCUAUGGCUGACACACCCAAGAUAUGUGCCAUUUCAGCUCUGUGCAGAAUUUGCCGUCAUUCUUUCGGCAUCUUUCAGAGCAUCCUGGAUAAGGUCGGGCUGCCCAAAGUAUUGGAGGGUCUAGCGGUCAACAUCAGCCGUGUCCAGCAAGCACUGGUCACUAUGUUUGGUCACCUACUGACCGAAGGAUCUCAUGUCCAGAGAACGACCCAGGAUAAGGAGUUUUGCCUGCAUGUAAUGAAGCUAGUUGAGAGUCCAUCCGUUCUGAUCCGUGCUAAAGCUCUCCUGGUCGUACUUGAGAUCAUCAAGGUUAGCCCCGAGAUGAUCAUGGCGUGCUGUCAGGCAAGGUUGAUUACGUACAUGGAGCGAGACAUUCGUCAGCAGAUGACGAGAGGAAAGAGCGAAGGUCAGGCACAAUGGAAGUACAUGGACCAAUGCCUUACGCUGCUCUCGGAUCACUUGGUCAAUCUCCUGCCUCAAAUAUUAGGUGAUGCUGAGAGCAGUCUAGCUGCAGUGUCGGGUCGGAAGCAUCCCUCUACCAUACAGGCUAAACAGCUGAAAGGAAGUCUCCCUCUGGUGUCAUUAGCUCUCCAUCUUAUCACAAGUCAAGUUUUCAGACCAAGAAUUGUUGGUGAGAGGUUUUUGUCUAACAUUGGUGCUCUGCUAACUCACGUCAAAUCAAUGGACUGUGGAGAAACAAACAUAGAACCUGCAAUAGGCAUGUUAGGUAUCGUGGAGUUCAAUAACAUCGUCCUGUCAAUCCUGGAAGCAGUCACUCAGCAUCCAUCUAUCUUGAUGGAGCAUCAUGUAGAGGUCAUUGACAGUAUCCUCAAUCCUUUGGCUGCUCUGGUUGCAAGUAGAAAUGAUGAAACCCGGAUGUUCUGCGUACGUCUGUUUGCUGAGAUCAUGUGUCUGUACUUGAACCAUGACAACCUUACUGAGAAUGGUGCCAUCACGAACCCUCAGCUCUUGACAGACAUCACCUCACAGAUACUCCCCAGCCUCCAGCAGCUACUCCUAGAUGCUGAUCCUGUACCCCUCUAUGGACUCAAACUCAUACUAGCUCUGAUUGAAACUAGCCCUGACUUCAUCAGGAAAAUGGAAGAACUAGAGCUUGUGCCGGUGCUGUUUCAAGUGCUGAUAGAUCAUCGGAACAGUCCCACGAGUAGCACCAUACGUUAUGUUAUCUCAGUGUUGAACUGUUUGGUAGCGGACACCAAUGCAGAUAUGGAAGCCCUUUACGACCAAGGUAUCCAGGAUCACAUCAGCAUCCUACUUGAGGAUGUUGAGAGGAUGUACCUGUCUUCAGAGGACACCAAGGUGGACUCCAAGGCACUGACUCUACUCAUGAUUGGUCUCCUGGACCUCCUCCAUACUCUGCUCAAACAUAUCGCAUGCAUUGUCAGGAAUGUACUACAGGCCAAGAAGUCUGGUGGUAGUGCAGACACGCAGGGAGCCGAGAGAAUACUGAUGGCCAACAAACCCGUGGUCAGUGGUAGCCUCAUCAUUAUUAGACUGCUCUGUCACAAGGAUAAAGAGAUUCAUACUUCAGCCUGUGAGUGUCUAUCACUGCUUGGUCAGCUGUAUGGAGGGGAAUACCCUAACUCAUUCUCGGCUGAUAACUCCCAAGCCAUGGCCAAAGCUCUACAGACCUUCGAUACCAAGAGACAGAAACUGGUUCUCAGAUACAUCAAGAGAGUGGUAUCGACUGAGACACACCACAUAGAGCAGCUGAACAAUGAGGGAGCUAUCUUGGUAGAGGCAUUAGGUCGUAUGAGGCAGACAGCGAGCUCACACGCCGAUGUAGCAGUCUCGUCCCUUGCAGCUGAUAUCCUACGGGUCGUUGGUGUACAGUAAUUCCACGAGAACUUACAAUGUUAAUGAAGAAGAUUGACGAGGAUUCUAUUCUCCUUUUUACAACUUUAAGCGGGACUGCACUACUUGUAGCUACUUGGCCCUCUAUAUAGCAAACAGUGCCUAAGCGGUACUCGUUGGUCCCUUUUUCUUAUGUUAAUUAAGAGCUGAUUUGAUGGAUAACCACCUGUCAUUGACCACACAUGGAGGUCUAAUCCCUCCUGGCCAAACUAGUGCAGAUAGGCUUUAAGAGUUAUCAUUAUGCAGUAAUUCAGUUCAGUUCAGUUCAGUUCAGUUCAGUUUAUUAAAAAAACACAUGGCAUAGUAAUCAUGACGAACAAACAUGAUCCAAAUUGAGACCCCAAAAAGCAAUGCUUGUGAGUGGGGCCCCUGUGGAGGAUGGACCUCUCAAUCCCAGCGGAUUGGCAAAGAGACCAACGUGUUUCAAGGAUCUGCGCAAUUCAAAACAUGAAAGAUGGUAGGAUACGAUCGAUCAGAGCCCCCAAAACAAGCAGGUCCCAGAGUCCGCCAACCGAGAUCAUGAAGUUCAUUUACAACAACAAAAAAACAUGGUAAUGUACACAAAUUAGUACAAGGAAAUGGCAAGGUUGUGUAACUUCAAAACAUAUUUACAAGGAAAAAAGCAUGUAUUAACAAUAACUGAUUACACGGUUAUAUAAAUUUUAAAACAUUUAAAAGGAAAAAAGCUAAAUCACUGGCAACAACAUGAACACCCUUAAUGCACCCUUAAUCACUUGAUGCACUAGGUUACUUUGACGUGUAUUGUAGCAAUGUAUCUGAGAGUUACAGGAAAAUAGGUCUUUUAACAGGCAAGCCUGAGGACAAAACUUAAGUUUAAACAUAAAAAUCAUACUACUGAAUGACACAAGCUCAUCAAAAGGCAACAAUUUCAUCUCAAUGAAUAAUGGCUUACUAGGAUGUCUGAAGUAAGAACUAAAGUUAAAUUUACUUAUGAUUAACUUUACAUUUACCGUACCGUAUGUCUAUUUGUUCAUUUGCUGUUCUGGUUUCUGGUUUCUGUUUCUGUGAUGCUAGUGUUUUGUGAAAUUGAUUUCCAGUUUAUUUGAAGUAUACUUGCAUUUGAAAGUCGAGUUAUAGUAUUGGAAAAAGGAAUUUGCUACACUGUUGAGGUAUAUGUUGCUUGAAAAGUCUACUAUAUAUUAACAUAAACACACCAUGUACAGUAUGUGUAUAGUGUCUGUAUUUGAAAUGCAGUAUUCGCUUGCAAAAUAAAUUGUAUGAAAUUCACUUAGUAUUUAUGGCACAUUAUGUUCUUGAGCAUUAGCACAUUUAUUUUCAUUCUGAUAAGAAUAGAGGUUCAACAGUAACCAACUCUUUGGCACAGAGAAAUAAGCGAUAACACCCUUUGCCUUUCGCAACUUGCCUUAGAUGUAUCUUGAUAAAAACCUUAUUGGAUGGUUUUUGUUGUUGUAUAGAUAUACAUGUACAUGUAUGUGGUACAGUACUAAUUGGUCCCUAGUUUUUCGUUCAUAUAUGUAUGAUUGAUAUAAAAUUUGUUGUGUAUAAGUAUGUUAUUUAUGAUAAAAUGUAAAUAUCUGGUGAAGUUGUGUGAAUAUUAUGCAAAAUUAAAUUAGAAUAUGUAAAAAAAUAAA